AUGGGUCAUUUACCUCGCGAUCGUGUCACUCCAAACUCUCCAUUCUAUAUUACUGGUGUAGAUUACGUUGGACCAUUUCUGAUAAAGGACAGAAAGGGCCGUCGCUGCAAGACAUCUAAGUGCUGGGUGGCGGUAUUUAUUUGCUUUGCUAGUCGCGCUAUUCACCUAGACCUCGUAACGGAACUCAGUUCCGACUGCUUCAUAUUGGCUUUGCGCCAUUUUGCGUCCCGCUGGGGAAUGCCUGCCAAAAUCUACUCCGAUAACGGAACCGGUUUUGUCGGCGCGAAUUCGGAAUUGCGUGAUUCAGGUCAGUUUUUGAAGGAGAACGAAAAAUUCUUAAAUCAACAUUUCACCAUUGAAAGGUUCAACUGGAAAUUUAUACCAGCCUACUCUCCGCAUUUCGGUGGUUUGUGGGAAGCAGGGGUGAAAUCCGCUAAGCAUCACCUCAAAAGAGUCAUGGGCAACGCGCUAUUCACAUUCGAAGAGUUUUACAGUUUGUUGGCACAAAUCGGCGCAAUACUGAAUUCCCGACCUUUAACCCCACUCUCCUCCGACCCGCUUGACCCAUAUCCACUGACCCCUGCACAUCUGCUCAUUGGGCGCUCACUGACUACUGUGCCAGACCCCGAUGUCACGCAUUUGCCAGAAUCUCGCCUAUCCAGGUAUCAAAGGAUUCAGCAGGUGCAGCAGAACUUCUGGUCGCGCUGGUCGAAGGAGUACAUCACCGAGCUGCAGCACAGAGGCAAGUGGCGCUCCCAAGCCUCGACCUGGAUUCGCAAGGGUAUGGUAGUCCUAAUCAAAGACGACCAUCUCCCUUCCAUGAAAUGGCAGAUUGGUGUCGUCACAGUGCUGCAUCCAGGUUGCGACAACAUCGUUCGAGUAGCGUCGUUGCAGACCAAGAAGGGCAUAAUCAAGAGAACAGUCGCUCGCCUAUGUCCCUUACCUGUAGAGCCGUCUCCCCUCUGCGAAGUUCAACAAUCAGCAGACGACAUCUCAUCAUAA